CAGUAUGCGGAAUGGGAAGCUCUUUCGUUGGGUUAGAGGCUGACAGCACUGUUGUAAAAACUGAGGGGAGUGGUUCUGCAGGAACACUACCAGACUGAGACCAGCACUGCACCACCGCCUUCUUUUUUGCAGGGUCUCCAACAUUCAACAAGAGAAGCUUUUAGCUCCUGGGGUCAAACUAUCGGGGCUUUUUUUUUUCCUCCCGAAACUCGUCGCGCCUUCUGUGGAAAAGCACUUAAUAGCAGGGGGAGAAUUACAACAGGAGUGUUCGGCAAAAAAGCAGCAAGAUACCGAAAUAGUUGUUUUUAACCCAAUGACACAGACUGCGGAGAAAGCAAGAACGCUCUUUCGCCGAGACUAAACGGGUGUACUGUUCUAAAGGUAGCAUAGUAAUUAGGAACAACUGGGGACAAUGACCGAAAAGGAAUCCAUUAGCGACAUCGGUACUGCAGAUUCGGUUUCUGCAUACCCAUCUCCUGCGAAGAGUGUGGGGGAUCCUGGAAUCACCCCCUUGUCUCCCUCGCAUUCUUUGAAAGACUCAGACCAAAAUGUCCCUGCCCAGCAGUCUUACGUUGUGGUCGUGGCUAUUGAUUUUGGCACCACAUCCAGCGGUUAUGCCUACAGCUUCACUAAAGAGCCAGAAUGCAUUCACAUUAUGAGGCGAUGGGAGGGUGGGGACCCUGGAGUGUCCAAUCAGAAGACCCCCACUACCAUCUUGCUGACUCCAGAUGGGAAGUUCCACAGCUUUGGAUACGCUGCCCGGGACUUCUACCAUGACCUGGACCCCAGCGACUCCAAACACUGGCUGUACCUGGAGAAAUUCAAAAUGAAGCUGCACACCACCAGCACUCUAUCGACAGAGACAGAACUGCUGGCGGCCAACGGGAAAAAAGUCAAAGCCCUUGACAUCUUUGCAUAUGCCCUGCAGUUCUUUAAGGAGCAUGCAUUGAAGGAGCUGAGUGACCAGAUAGGAUCAGAGUUUCACAGCUCUGAUGUGAGAUGGGUGAUCACUGUACCAGCCAUUUGGAAGCAGCCAGCAAAGCAGUUCAUGAGGCAAGCUGCGUAUAAGUCUGGACUGGUAACCCCUGACAACCCAGAGCAGCUAAUCAUCGCCCUGGAGCCAGAGGCCGCCUCCAUCUACUGCAGGAAGCUCCGCCUCCACCAGAUGAUUGACCUGAGCUCCAAAACAACAUUCAACGGCUGCAGUCCAACUGAGACCGUAGGAACUGGGAUGACACAGGCCAAGGAAGUCGUCCGACGUAACCGGCAGAGCCGCACCUUUUUGGUGGAAAAUGUCAUAGGAGAGCUCUGGUCAGAGCUGGCUGAAGGCGAUCGCUAUGUAGUGGUUGACUGUGGCGGGGGCACAGUGGAUCUGACAGUCCAUCAGAUUAGACUGCCUGAAGGACAUCUGAAGGAGCUAUACAAGGCCUCAGGCGGUCCUUACGGUUCUAUAGGUGUAGACUAUGAGUUUGAAAAGCUGCUGUGCAAAAUCUUUGGGGUGGAUUUUAUCGACCAGUUUAAAAUCAAGCGGCCCGCAGCCUGGGUGGAUCUGAUGAUCGCAUUCGAGUCACGGAAGAGAGCGGCGGCUCCCGAGAGAACCAAUCCUCUCAACAUCAAUCUGCCCUUCUCCUUCAUUGACUACUACAAGAAGUUCAGAGGACACAGUGUGGAGCACGCCCUCCGCAAGAGCAAUGUAGAUUUUGUGAAAUGGUCUUCCCAGGGAAUGCUUCGGAUGAAUCCGGAUGCAAUGAACGCUCUCUUUAAAUCCACAAUAGACCACAUUAUCCAGCACCUCAGUGAUCUGUUUGAGAAGCCCGAAGUGAGCGACAUCAAGUUCCUCUUUCUGGUCGGAGGUUUUUCCGAGUCUCCUUUACUUCAGCAAGCCAUUCAGACCAUGCUGGGAGGCCGCUGUCGCAUCAUCAUUCCCCAUGACGUUGGGCUGACCAUCCUGAAAGGAGCCGUGUUGUUCGGCCUGGACCCCUCAGUGAUCAAGGUGCGCCGCUCCCCCCUCACCUACGGCGUGGGGGUCCUCAACAGGUACGUGGAGGGGAAGCACCCGCCAGAGAAAAUGCUUCUGAAAGACGGCACUCGCUGGUGCACCGACGUCUUCGACAAGUUCAUCUCGACCGACCAGUCGGUGGCCCUCGGGGAAACGGUCAAGCGCAGCUACACCCCGGCCAAACCAUCCCAGCUGGUCAUUGUGAUCAACAUCUACUGCUCGGAGAUAGAUGACGUCGCUUUCAUCACAGACCCUGGGGUUAAGAAGUGUGGCACUCUGCGUCUGGACCUUACAGGGACGGAGCCUUCCUCUGUUCCAGCCCGGAGGGAGAUCCAGACCCUCCUGCAGUUCGGGGACACUGAGAUUAAAGCUGUGGCACUUGAUAUCGCCACCAUGAGAUGUGUCAAGGCCGGCAUUGAUUUCCUAAAUUAUUAGUCCUGUAUUUAUGUAACUGCAAACAAGUAACACAAUGAAGAACCUGAAACACCUGGAGAAUACCAAGGAGUCUUAGAGCAGUAAUUAAACAAAUAAGGGUGCCUCAAAGCUAUGUGAUUUGUCAGCAAUUCAAAAUGGUAACACCUACUAUUGCAGCUCAGUUGGUUUCGGACUGAUUUUAAGACGCAGGUAACUACAGUCUUGUUUUACACUUAAAUAGAGUGUCUUUAUUGGUGUUCAGCUGUCUGUGAAAGAAACUUGACUGCCCUGCUUGUUUACGUUCUCCAAAGAGAUAUAUAUAUAUGAGAGAGAGAGAGAGAGAGAGAGAGAUAGUUAUAGUUUAGGGGUCCAAGCUUCCUACCCCUUAGAAGUGGGAUGUUAUAAAGUACUAAUAUUCCACAUUUCAAAAUUAACUGUAGAACUGUUCUAUAUAAAGCAUUCUGGUUUAAGGAAAAAAUUAACUGGUAGUAUAGAUAGUCUCAAUUUAUCAAAGUUUGAAAUUAUUGCCAAAUUGUUGCUGAUAAAUCACUAUUUCCAUCACAUGCCUACUUACGACACCAACACACUGCUGAAAAUCAUACAUUGCAAAUGAGUAUAACACCUUGAAAAAUGAGCUUCUUAAGCCAAUGGAACUGGAAAUAGUAUGAAAUCUGUAUCUUUCCAUUACUGUAUUUCAUCUCCACCCUCUAUAAAAAGCUUGGUUGUCAAUGAUAUGCACAUUGCUCUGAAACUAACCUUUGAAAUCCUUGAAUGUGAACUGUUUCAAAAGCAACUAGGAAAACCAAAAGCUAACUAGAGAAUGCUGCUAGCUGGACCUGCCUCAAUUUCAAUAGCCAUAGCAAUAUGCUUGCUGCCUUUUUUCUUUUUAUGCUUGUGGAAAAUAGCCACUACUUAAAUAGCUAAUUAUUACAUUUUAUGUUAUAUUCCAGAGUUCAAUAUACCAAAGAACACUGGCAUUGAUAUAUAAUAAAAUACAUAUUUUUAUUUGAAUGUAUAUACAAUAUUUAAAAUAUUGUACAGAUUUUUAUUUUAUUUUAGCAGCUUGCAGAUUUGAGAAUAUGCUGGCUAAUGUGGAUAGCUUUCUGUUUUAUUCUCCCCAGCCUGUGUGUCAAAAAGUGAAAAAGUGUUAUGUGUGAUUUAAAAGUCGUUAGAAUCCGACUGCAAGCCAUUUUAAUAAAUUGCUGUGCCCUGUUAAAACUGAAAGGCCUUAUUUUAUAGGAGUAUGUUAUGUCAGCAGUGUUUUGAAGCCAUGAUUGAUUUGUAUUGUAUCUGUGUCUGUGUAUGUGAGCUGCCCAGCUUAGCUUAAAACUAAAACAUGCAUUGGCAUCUAAAUGAAAUUAUGUAUGUUAUCAGAAAAAAUGCACCAAGUAUGUUACUGUUUUUGAAGGAACCCUUCUAGCAAGCAAUCUGAGAACAACAAAUGGUCUGUAUUCUUACCUGCUGACACUUUUGCCCAUAUUUUAAAAGCUUUUACUCCAGUCUUUAACUCUUCUCUUUUGAAAAAAUGUAAAACAACUGUUACUUUUACAAAA